CAUUAGAAGAAGAUUAUACUGGCUCUGUUUCCAACCAACAUAUUUCAUGUUGCUUCAAUGCAUCUUGGCAUCUCAAACCCUUCCUUACUGGAGGUAUUUGAAUUGGUCUCCUUUGGGCGGUUCUAACAUCACAGUGACUUGUAAGGAGGGCUGAAUAACACCUGGUUCCAUUGUGAGCUGGAUUGUGAAUGGGAAAGGUGGUUGGAGCUUUAACCUCCAUAGGGUUGUAAUGGUCUCACAACUGCAUUUCAGCAUUUUGGAGCUCCCCUAGUGCAUGCCUAGCUAGGAAACAGCCUCAACUCAUCUGUUGGGAGCCCAAGUUGAGUUUAAUUUCCAUCCGUACAGUUUAAGAACACUUAGGGCUUCUCUUAGUGCUUCCCAGGCAAGAAACUCACUUUUCUGGAUAGGAGAUGGCCAAAAUAAGAGUCAGCUCCACCAUGAAGUUGGUAGCUCUUAGUGAAGCCAUUUGUUUUGUGAUUCUCAUUGUUAAAAGCAUAGGAGAGAAACCAGAUUGGGCUUGGCGUAUUUGGCGUUUUGGGAAGUUCAGUACCACUUUUGGAAAGGUCUAGCUGGAUUUCUUUGUAUUGGGAAUUGAGAAACCAUUCCCAAAUGCCUAGGUUGGAGUUAGCUUAGGAGGACAAAGGCUGCUGCAAAAAGAACCAUCACUGUGCGAUCCCAUACAUGGAGCAAACCCAUCCUAAAGCCCUGGACCUGCUGGCUGGAAGUUGUCCAUUGAGCAAGGGGAUGUGACUGCCUGCAGCCAUUUUGGUAAUAAUGGUGGUAUUUGGAAACUUAUUUGCAUGAUAGUGGGUUUUUGCUUGGCUCAUCCUAAGUCUCCUGUCAGUAUUUUCCUCUAUGAACUUCUCAUCUCCGUUCAACUGUUUGUGCCUCUGGCAUUUGAGCAGGAAGCUUUCCCUUAGUGCUGUCCAGGGAAUAUUCUCCCUGCAUUUGAGAUGCAGCUUUUGUUUCCCAUUAAAAGAAAAUAAAUAAAUAAUAGCUGUGCUUGAGUCAAAUGUGAAAAAUGAUUUUGAAAGGGGAAAAAUGAUUCUGAGUGUUUGGAGGAUGGAAUUCGCUAAAAGAAUUGAUUUGCUGGUUGUGGUGUCUUCAAGAUGAAGCUGCCUUUGAGAGAGCUACUUUAUAAAUGCCCUUAGUGUUCAGUACACAAUGUUGUUGGUACUUCUUCCUGUGGCCUUGGAUGUGCCUUGCCCUUCUUCCUCUCUCAAAAUCAGGACGAAACUCAGGUCAUCUCCACCUGCCUUCCACCACACCUCCUGUCCUCAGUUUGAGGUGCUUUUCCUUCUCCUUUCUUUCCACUGAGCAUCCUACGUUUGUAGUCAUUCCUCUUGCAAUCUCUCAAGUACUUGUCCUUGGUUGGUUUGGCCAAGAUAACUUUGGCCAUGAGUUCUUUCUCCUGGCAUGGAUCUCACUGUCCCAUUUUUCCUGCGUGGUUGGUCCUGAUGAUGUCAUUUUUGGACUCACCAUCAGCCUGAUGACUGUUUUGUCACAGUGGCUGUCAUGCUGAUCAUUUGCUAAGCGUUGUGUAUUUCUGGCAGGAUAUAUAUGAUAAAAGUUAUGGGAAGCUUUGGAAGAGCAGAGCUGCGUGUUGGCACGCUGUGGUUGAGUUGAUGGUGCAGUGCACCGUGCCAGGUCUGUGCUCCUGGCUCUCUCCUCCUGAAAAGCUGAACAGAUUUCUAUGGAGAGGGUGUGGUAAAGAGCUUUUAAUGCCAUGGAAUUUGACCCCGUUAUUAUGGCCACAAGGUCCUCUGGUAUGUGAUGUAACAGUUUGUGAUGUGCUGGUGCUUUCCCACCAGUGUACAAUAGAUACCCACUCACAAUACCUGAGCAUCUUCUGCUCAUAUUUAUGUUCAUGCUGCAUGCUCUGGUGCCCUGCUGACUGUGUGAGCUGCUGCUCUGCUCAGUGGUUUAGCACUUGGCUACAUUAAAUAAAUAUGCUUUACAUAAUGCUUAUGCUUAGGUUGUAAUGAUUUUGCCCACUUCCGGACUCUGGGCAAAUAAUGCAGCAAAAGUCAUCUCCAGAACACAACUUGCUACCAGUAAAGCUCUGUACUGUCAUUGUAAUGCACGUCCUGGGAUGUUGAGGUUGGAUUAUGUAUUGCUCUUGAGCAUCUUCCCUUGGUGUCAAAGUGGCAGAAAUAAGCUCCGGCUUGGGAAUGCCAGGUGAGUGAAGACCUUUCCUCCAGCAAUGGUGCCUGCUUCUGGUGCUGUGCUGUGUAGUUGGGAAAUAGGAUUUUUCAGAACCUCUUCUGCCUCCUGUAUUAGUAAUGUCCCUCCUGUGGAAGUCCACUAGGGGAGGUAACCUCUGUUCCUUCCUGCUCACCCAGCUGGCUUCACCUGCUGUUCUCCUUAUUUAUGGCACACGUAUCCCUAACACCCACUCUGAUUUUUCUCUCCCUUCCAGUACCUAUUGAUGGAAGAACACGGCGUCACUCAAACAGAACACAUGGCCACCAUCGAGGCCCACGCAGUGGCCCAGCAGGUGCAGCAGGUCCACGUGGCCACCUACACAGAGCACAGCAUGCUGAGCGCCGACGAGGACUCGCCUUCUUCACCUGAGGACACGUCCUAUGAUGACUCUGACAUCCUCAACUCCACAGCAGCCGACGAGGUGACGGCCCACCUGGCUGCAGCAGCCUCAACUCCUGCAGGAUUUUCCUUUUCUUUACCAGCACCCUGGUGGGCAGUUGCAGGAGAAUCUCACUCAAAGGGAACCCCAGGUCCUGUGGGGAUGGCAGCAGCUGCUGCUGUGGCAACGGGUAAGAAACGGAAGCGACCACACGUUUUUGAAUCCAACCCAUCCAUCCGUAAGAGGCAGCAGACACGUUUGCUACGGAAGCUCCGUGCCACGCUGGAUGAGUACACCACCAGAGUGGGGCAGCAAGCCAUCGUCCUGUGCAUCUCACCCUCCAAACCCAACCCUGUCUUCAAAGUUUUUGGAGCUGCACCUUUGGAGAACGUGGUACGCAAAUACAAGAGCAUGAUUCUGGAAGACCUGGAGUCAGCACUGGCAGAGCAUGCUCCUGCACCUCAGGAGGUUAACUCAGAGUUACCACCCCUCACCAUUGAUGGCAUUCCAGUCUCAGUGGACAAGAUGACCCAGGCACAGCUGCGAGCGUUCAUCCCGGAGAUGCUGAAGUAUUCCACGGGUCGUGGGAAGCCAGGCUGGGGCAAGGAGAGCUGCAAACCCAUUUGGUGGCCUGAGGACAUUCCCUGGGCCAACGUCCGAAGUGAUGUGCGCACGGAUGAGCAGAAGCAGCGGGUGUCAUGGACCCAAGCACUGAGGACUAUCGUGAAGAACUGCUACAAGCAGCAUGGGCGUGAGGACUUGCUCUAUGCAUUUGAGGAUCAGCAGACACAGCAACAGACCACAACCACACACAGUAUAGCACACCUGGUGCCCUCGCAGACAGUGGUACAAACCUUCAGUAACCCUGAUGGCACUGUGUCCCUCAUCCAGGUUGGCACUGGUGCCACCGUUGCCACGUUGGCCGACGCCUCCGAGCUGCCUACCACAGUUACUGUUGCACAAGUCAAUUAUUCUGCAGUGGCUGAUGGAGAGGUGGAGCAGAACUGGGCAACGCUACAGGGGGGUGAGAUGACCAUCCAGACAACGCAGGCAUCAGAGGCCACGCAGGCAGUAGCAUCGUUAGCAGAAGCAGCAGUGGCAGCAUCUCAGGAGAUGCAACAAGGAGCAACUGUUACCAUGGCACUUAACAGUGAAGCAGCUGCCCACGCCGUCGCCACGCUGGCUGAAGCCACUCUUCAGGGUGGAGGACAGAUCGUCCUAUCUGGUGAAACUGCAGCAGCAGUAGGAGCACUCACUGGAGUCCAAGAUGCCAAUGGCAUCCUAGCAGCAGACUAUUCAGGCUACAAGUGGAGCCUAGCAGAGAGUUUAUCAGCAAAGCCAGCUGAUCAAGGAAGCUUAGAAGGGUUAUUCAUUAAGCUUUCAUCUCUGGAGCAUGGUAAAAAAGGCUUCCCCUACACAGACGGAAUGGGAGAGCCAGCAUUUUGGAUGGAAGACUCAACGUUUCAGGGGAGCAGAAUGGGAGUUUUCCACUCCAUCAAUGUAAAGAUGGAAUGAAAGACCCAAUAUUUUGGGUGGAAGACCCGACAUUUCAGAGGCGAGACCGAGGAAUAAGGGAGAUGAAGCUGAAGGUCUUCCAAUUCUUGCUAAGCUGGGACUCUACAUGAAGAAAAGAAGUUUUACCUGCCUCUGAAGGAUAGCCAAAGAUGGAGACUUUGCAAUUUCCCCAAGUUCUGGAGCUUCACAAACCUUAUGUUUACUGAUUGUCUUUUUUUUUUGUCUUUUAUUUUCCCUCACUUAAUAUCCAUGCUGUACCUCAAGUUGGUAUCUUACUCUUUCCUGCUCUGUAGAAAGUGACCAGGUUGUUCUCUUCUUCUCUGCAUCACUUUUGUUGGGUUUGUAGGCUAUCUUGUGUAUGGAGGCCAAGGUUUUCCUGGUGCUGUUUCACUUUCUCUGUGCUGCCAAACAUUUUGUUGCUUGGAGAUCCUCUAGCAACGGAGUUCCAUACUUAAAUUUAAAUGUGCACUCUGGUUGUUUUGGAGCAGGAUCGUGCUAAGCAGAGAGUUUGUACCCAUUUCCCCUCUGCUAAGUAGGAAGACUGAAGCCAAAGGUCUGUGGAUGAGCUGGAGGCAAAGAAUUAAAAUUGAAGUUUUCAUUCCUUUCAGCCUUCUCUGUCGUUGGCCUGAGCUCUGUAAGGCUUUCAGAGCUCUCCCUUGGUCAGGUAGAUCUGUGAGGCUGAUCAGUGUUCUGCUGUCUCUGCAAUGCUUGGAAACAACAAACCAGGCAACUUUCAGCACUUAUCCCUUUGGUGUCUGAGAGAACAGAGCAAGUUGUGCCAACUUAACACAUCCGCUGUGUGGGAUCUGCUUCAUCUCCUCAGUGCUGAGGAUGUUUCUGGUGCCAGUAGAUCCCCCAAGAGCAGCAUUGGGUGCAACUGGCCAUGGCUUUUGCCUUCUUCUGAUCUGAAGUGGGCUUUAGAUUCCCUGUUGGAAGAAGACAUACAACACUCCAUUGAGAUCUUGUCUUUUGGUCAGGUCAUGUUGCCUAAAUUUGAAGAUAACCUGAUGAUGCUGUGCUGUGAGGGUCUGCAAGGUGAGCGCUGAUGUUUUGCCCCAUAAAAGAAAUCAAAAGAGCAGUUUGUCAGUGCACUGCUUCUGAGUGCUGCAUCAGACUCCAGGUCCCAAAUGCUGGAGUCAAACCAGCAUUAGUUUCUCAGUUAGUUUCUCAGAAUAGUCUCUCAGUUUGCCUUUUGCUCUCUCAAAGUCCUGAGGCUGCUUCCAGAAUGUUGCAGGAGAUCAGCACAGUUCAAGUUGAUGCUAGCAAGGAAGAUGAUUUUGCACUUCAUGAAGGAAGAGGAGAUGGUUUUCCAAGCUCAGGUUCAGCAUGGUGACAGCAGUCAAGAAUGGGGCUGGUUCUUCUCUUUCAACCAUCCAAAACUUCACUUGUGUGCUCUGUUUGAGCUCCAGGCAGAAAGUGUGGCAUAAAGUUGUGCUGUCCGUGCUCCCCGUGGUGCAGAAGGAUGCUCCAAAGCAUUCAUCAGAGGAGCCCGUCUCUGGGAAGAUAAUAUUGGACAUUUAUCUCUGAGUAUUUGAGAGGUGCCCUGAGAUCAUCCAUUCUUCAGUUUCUUCCACUCAUUCUGCAUGUUUGAAUAUUGAUCUCUGUGGUGGCCCAGCUCACCUGGUUGGCUGUGCCUUCCUUCUGCACUUGCUGUGAUCUCGAAGAAGCAUAAGAACCAGCAGAAACUGGCUCUAUUGUCCCCAUCCUCUGGAUACUGGAUGGCCAAUCAUCUCAACCUCCUACUCUUCUCCCCCAAAGCCCAUUGAAUGGUGGUUUAAUGCACCCACUUGCAGUUUGGGAUCAGAACAGUUCUGAUGUUGCUGGUCCCCUGUCCGUGUCAGGUAAGGUGCCUGUAUCAGCCACUGCAUGAUAUUUGGUCUCAGAAUCCCAUGGCCAGAGCCUAACUCUCCCCCUUCUGCAAGCUUUAACCUCUUCUCUGCUGAAACAAAUGCAAAAUCCUUGUCCUGGCAGGCUGCAGGUAAGCAAAAGCAUGACCUGGGCGCAAUCCAGAGCAUCCUGCUGAGGGUAGAGAUGAACGUCAUCGUUUCUGCCAAAUGGUGGGAGGAAAUCCCAAAUGGGCAGCUCCAGCCCAGCUGUGUCAUCUCACUGCUCUGUGCAUUAUCCAUCACCUCUGCUGGCUCCUGUCCACAGGUAGGAGCAGCUCUGGGCUGCUGCAAGCCCAAUUCCGUCUCUCCACUGGGGCUUUCCCACCCCAGCACGACUCAAGUUUUUUUUGGAAGAUGUGUAUUUUCCAGAGACUUGAAAGUUUUGUGGUUUUGUGUUUUUUUUGUAAUUUUGUCUAAUGGAUUUCCUGUUUUUAAUACAAUUGAAAGGGUCUGAAAUCCAUGCUUUAGAUUAACAUAUGCCAGCUAGAUUAGGGCUAAUCAGGGCACAGGUCUGAGCAGAUGCAGCACAGGGCCAAUCCUAGACCUGAUUACAGCAUCUCAGUGGUUUAAUCGCCUCUCUCCCAAGGGCGAUCAUCUCUGCUUUAAUACACAGCAGACUUUCCAGCCCUCGCCCUCUCCUCCUUUGGUUUGUCACCACUCCUGCCAGGAAGGCCACUGCGUCAGAUGCUGAGACGAUUUAGCUUAAUCCCAUGCAGAAAGGGAGCUGUGCAUCGCUGUCUCUCGCGGAGACCAGAGACCUCCCCACUCUUAACGCGCAACGUAUCCAAGUUGUAGUUAGCUUCGGUCAAACCUUGGCUGAAUCAGGCUCAUCUUUCCCCCCCCUUUGGUGUUUCCAUCUUGCCAUAUUUCAGUAAUACCUGUCUUUCACAAUGGUCCUAUUAUGGCCAACUUGUGCAGGGAUCAGAUUCUUUAAUGCUGCGUGCUCAGCGUUGCUGGUGACCCUCAUCUUUGGGUUGGCCACGGGGAGCAGAGUCAUCUCAAAGAGCUCCAUCUCAUCAUUGUUUCUUGCAAUGCAUGUUGUUAACAAUGCCCCUAUUAUGGCCAACCCAUGUUUAAACAUAAUGGAGGGAUCAGAUUUUGAACCCUGCUUUAUGGUGACCCUCGUUUUGAGUUGGCUGUGGGGAAUAGACUCAUCUUUGGUGAAUUCCUUUGGGUCAACAGCCUGAAUCACCUGAAAGGCUUAGCUGGGUCAUUGGUCUGGAGCAGGGAUUUUGAGUGCAUCCCAGGCCACAUCUCCCACUCUGUGCCAGAACCUGCUUACAGAACUGUGCUGAAUAUCUUGAGGAUCUUAUUGGGGGUUGCCUUUGAGAGAGCUGAGCACGAGUUCUUGUUUCAGUGCCUUGUAGCCUAAAACUCUUCCCUAUUAGAAAGCGCCUCAGGAACUCUGUGUUUCAGCUGCCUGCAAGUCAUUUGUAGCUGUUGAUGUUGAGCCGUGCGUAAGGAUGGUGGUUCCUCAUGGGGCUGCGAGCUGCAUAAAAUUGUAAAUCACCCUUUUGGAGAUGGGGCAGCCCUCUGGCUGAGGCGUUGCAAAAUGUCCCUAUCCGUAGAGCGCCACGAGAUCCCGAGAGCUGAGCUGCGCCGGGUUCACCCACCUGGGCAGCAUGAUUAACUCCUAAGCUUUCCUGUCUGUGUGCAGCGAGUUAUCUGGGGACACCGAGCUGCACUCUGCUGCCUCUCGUUAUUCAAUGAGUGCCCUUGGCAGGACAGAGGUCCCUGCCUGCCACAGAGAACUGAACCAAAGGGGAUCCUGCUGCCGUUUUGGGAAAGCUUGGUCUGAUCUCGUUGGAUUUUCAAGGCUGUGCCCUACCGUGCUGCCGGGCAGUUGGGGUUUCAGUGGUAGGUUUUUCCUUCUUGCAGUUUUUCUUUCUACCUCUGAGCCUCUUCUCAUCUCACACAGUGUGAUGGGGUUGAUUAUGGGACUUCUCUAACGUUUAUAAGGGCUGGGCUCCAUUAAGUCUGAAUAAUUACACGAGCAUGAUGGUGUGGGUGUGAUACCAUCUGUGUGUCAUGGGGUGGGAGAUUGUCUUUUACCCUAUCCCUGGCUUUCUUGCAACCAUCAUCUUCUACCCUAGCAACCAUCUUCCUUCUCCCCCUGCCCCCCACCAUCAUCUUCUGGAGGUUGGUGGCCUUGCCUGUGUCCAGGAGGUUAAGACUUUGUGAUCCUUCAGGUCCUAUGCCAUUCUGUGAUUCCGUGAUGAUCCUUUCUUCACCCCUACCCCUCACUGUCUUCCUUUGCCCCUACCCAACAUCACUUUUGUUUUCCCUUACCCACCAUUGUCUUCCAGAGGUUGGUGGCCAUGCCUGUGGCAGGACAGUUGGAACUUAACGAUCUUUGGGGUUCCUUCCAACCCAAGCCAUUCUAUGAUAAUUCUUCCUUCCUCCCACCCACCAUCUUCCCUCUUACCAUUGCCUUCUUCAAUCCUUGACUUCCCACGAGAACCAAAGGACCCUGGAAGCUCCGCCACGUCUCCACCCAUAUCCAACACAACCCCUUUAUGGCCCGCACCACGACGCUCAACCGCACUAACCCCGUUCCUUGGCAGAACAGCGUUCCCUCAUCGCUCUCACCUUUCUCCUUUGUGUCU